GCCUACGGGCUGCGGUGGCGGCCGCCGCGGCACCCGGCAGGGCCAGCCAGUCGCCUCUUCCCCACUCCAGAGCCGCCGCCUGGGACAGGGCAGGGCGGGCCCGGAGCUCCUCCAUGCUGCCAGCCGCGGGGCUGCGGAGCCGGCCGGGUGGCUCCUGCGAUGGCGGCGGAAGAGGAGGCUGCGGCGGGAGGUAAAGUGUUGAGAGAGGAGAACCAGCGCAUUGCUCCUGUGGUUUCCAGCCGCGUGAGUCCAAGGUUAGGACCGACAGCUAUGGGGUCCUUCAGCUCACACAUGACCGAGUUUCCACGAAAACGCAAAGCAAGUGAUUCAGACCCAUCCCAGUCAGGAAUCAUGACAGAAAAAGUGGUGGAAAAGAUUUCUGAGAAUCCCCUUACCUAUCUUCUUUCAACAAGGAUAGAAAUAUCAGCCUCCAGUGGCAGCAGAGUGGAAGAUGGUGAACACCAAGUUAAAAUGAAGGCCUUCAGAUCCUGGCUCAGAGAGAGCACCCCUUCCUCUGCUGUACAUCCUGGAGUCAGGCGUCUCUAUCCAUCGCUGCUGUCCAUGCUGAUGGGGAACACUGUUAGAAAGAAGAGAGAAGCUCAUAGCCAAACCGAAAAGCGGAGGAGAGAUAAAAUGAAUAACCUGAUUGAAGAACUGUCUGCAAUGAUCCCUCAGUGCAACCCCAUGGCGCGUAAACUGGACAAACUUACAGUUUUAAGAAUGGCUGUUCAGCACUUGAGAUCUUUAAAAGGCAUGACACAUUCUUAUGUGGGAAAUAAUUGUAGACCAUCAUUUAUUCAGGAUAAUGAGCUCAGACAUUUAAUCCUUAAGACUGCAGAAGGCUUCUUAUUUGUGGUUGGAUGUGAAAGAGGAAAAAUUCUCUUCGUUUCUAAGUCAGUCUCCAAAAUACUUAAUUACGAUCAGGCUAGUUUGACUGGACAAAGCUUAUUUGACUUCUUGCAUCCAAAAGAUGUUGCCAAAGUAAAGGAACAACUUUCUUCUUUUGAUAUUUCACCAAGAGAAAAGCUAAUAGAUGCCAAAACUGGUUUGCAAGUUCACAGUAAUUUCCACACUGGAAGGACACAUGUUUAUUCUGGCUCAAGACGAUCUUUUUUCUGUCGGAUAAAGAGUUGUAAAAUCUCUGUCAAAGAAGAGCAUGAAUGCUUACCCAACCCAAAGAAGAAAGAGCAUAGAAAAUUCUAUACUAUCCACUGCACUGGUUACUUGAGAAGCUGGCCUCCAAAUAUUGUUGGAAUGGAAGAAGAAAGGAACAGUAAGAAAGACAACAGUAAUUUUACCUGCCUUGUGGCCAUUGGAAGAUUACAGCCAUAUAUUAUUCCACAGAACAGUGGAGAGAUUCAUGUGAAACCGACUGAAUUUAUAACCCGGUUUGCAAUGAAUGGAAAAUUCGUCUAUGUAGAUCAAAGGGCAACAGCAAUUUUAGGAUAUCUGCCUCAGGAACUUUUGGGGACUUCUUGUUAUGAAUAUUUUCAUCAAGAUGACCAUAGUAAUUUGACUGACAAGCACAAAGCAGUUCUACAGAGUAAGGAGAAAAUACUUACAGAUUCCUACAAAUUCAGAGCAAAAGAUGGCUCUUUUGUAACUUUAAAAAGCCAAUGGUUUAGUUUCACAAAUCCUUGGACGAAAGAACUGGAAUAUAUUGUAUCUGUCAACACUUUAGUUUUGGGACAUAGUGAGCCUGGAGAAGCAUCAUUUUUUCCUUGUAGCUCUCAAUCAUCAGAAGAAUCCUCUCGACAGUCUUGUAUGAGUGUACCUGGAAUGUCUGCUGGAACAGUACUUGGUGCUGGUAGUAUUGGAACAGAUAUUGCAAAUGAAAUUCUGGAUUUACAGAGGUUACAGUCUUCUUCAUACCUUGAUGAUUCGAGUCCAACAGAUUUAAUGAAAGAUACUAACACUGUGAACUGCAGGAGUAUGUCGAAUAAGGAGUUGUUUCCACCAAGUCCUUCUGAAAUGGGAGAGCUAGAGGCUACCAGGCAAAACCAGAGUACUGUUGCUGUCCACAGCCAUGAGCCACUCCUCAGUCUCCUGCUGCCAGCACAAGAGGCUGUGAAGGUGAAGAGGAUACAGAUUUGAGAUUAGUAUUACAGAAGUAGAAUGGCAAGAACUUGAGGACCAAUUGCAUAUGGGAAAUGUUGAAGCAAAAGCUGUGAAUAAUGACUCAAGUUUCUGGCCCCAGGGUCUGGAUUGCAGUGCUGUUCAAGAGGUAAGAGUUACACGAGGAGAGACAACUUUGGGGUAGAAGAUGCAUCAGUUCUACACAAGUUGUGUUCAUCCAGGUGAUGUCUAGUAGAUAGUUGGAUAUGUGAGUAUGGAGGAUGGGAGACAGAUCUGAGAUGAGCAGCACACUGAAGCUUUUGAGCCCCAGUUUCUUCAUUUGUAAAGUAGACUUCAUUUGUAAAUACCCUUGCAGAGCUUUAGUGAGGAUUAAAUGAGCUUACAUAAAGUACUUAUCACGUUGACAGUAAUUUUAAUAAUCAUUAUAUAUAUAUUAUAUGUAAUAUAUAUUUUAUAUAUAUAAGCUCUACAGUAUGAUAAUAAAUGUUGGAAAUUAGUGUUAUAGAGAUGCUUCAUUAAGUUAGUAAAAAUUCCUGAGACUAUAUAGCAAACAAAUAUAUAAGUGGUAUAACAGCAGUUUAAGCCUUGCAAAAGUUUAACCCAAAUAACAGUAGAAAUUCAUAACCAAUGGGAAAGCGUUAAGUACCUAGAGAACCCAACUGAGGUAGGGUGUUUGGGAAGACGUAUGUCUACAGCACAAAGAGAUAAACAAUUUUGUUUGCUAAGGGGGACAUCUAUAAGGCAUUUUAAAAGAAAGUUCAAAUUGUUCUUAAUAAAUGACACCAUUUGUUUCCAUUUAAGCACUUACUUAUCCUGUGCUAUGCUCUUAGAGACAAUUGAAAACGCCACAGUCCCUGCUCUUAAGAGACCACAGUUUAGUACAAAGACAGUGGAAAGCAGUAACUAUAGAAUAUGAUAGCUGCUACUUUAAAGGGAUAUGCGGAGUGCUAAUAGAGUAUGGGAAGGUCAGGCUUUAACUUUGCUUGUAAAGUCGUCAAAAUAUGUUACACUUUUGCAGUUUUUUCCUAUUUAUCCAGACCAAUGGUUCUCACAUUUAGUUGCGUCAGAAUUACCUGGAGGACUUGUUAAAACACAGAUUAUGGAUCCCCUUACGCCCAUAAUUUCCGAUUCAGUUGGUCUGACUUGGAGCUUGCGAUUUUGCAUUUCCAAUAGGUUGCCAGGUGAUCCUGAGGUAUCUUGGCCUGGGGACCACACUUUGAGAACCGCUGAUCAUGCCAUUCACAAACAACAAAUGGACGUGUCCACAGACCUCUUAUUCCAGGGCUCUUCUGAGGAAAGUGGAGUAGGGAACAGAGGGCCUCAGGGUGGACAGAACAUACUGCUUAUUUUGCCUUCCCUUUAUAACAUUUUAAUUCUGAUUAAAUACAUUAAAAUGAACUUUAAAGGCAUCCUUGAAGGGGAAAAGACAUCAGAAAUAGCCAAAAGCCAGACUGCCUGGGGCCAGAGGGAGGAAGGGGUUAUCUGCAGAAGGGACAAUAGAACCUCUUGUAAUUCAUGCUGGUUGACUCCCUAGAAUUGGUGUAGGUAUUGCAACCACACAACGGGCUCUUCUUGCCUGCUGCCCAGAUAGAACCAAUUUAUCAAGAUGGGGAAAUUGCAAUUGUUGGGGUCCACGUGUUUCCUAAACAAAGGAAUGAACA